GGAGAAGAACCGUCGCCAUUUUGAGUGACUGAGUUUCAUUUCACCUCGCAACUGUAAGGACGGAGAGACCUUCAGGAACGUUUCAGCAUGUUUCUCUUUGAAACUGUAAAUGGGAAUUUAACUGCUAUGAACUGAAACUCUUCCUAAAACCAAUCAACAAGUAGAUCAAAGUCAAGUAACGCAUAAGCCAGUUGAAUCCUGAGUCGAUUUUUUUGCACUGAACUCUAGUCCGUUAGAGGAAAUGGCUGUGGAAAGCAUGACUGUCCAUCCAAACUCCCCACCAGCCAACCACGAACACAACAGCCUUCUCACUGACGAAAGACGAGAAGAUGAAGAGCUGGAAGAGGGGGAGCUGGAGGAUGAUGGAGGUGAUGUGGAAAUGCCCAGCACUGAGGGUCAAGAGCCAGAAGAGAAGCCCAAGAGUGGGAAGGAGAAGCAUGGAAGCGAGUCAGAUGACGAGAAAGCCCACCGUCGCAAGAAGAAAAGAAAGAAAGAGAGAGAUAGAGACAGAGAGAGGGAGAAGGAAAAACGGAGAGCCAGAAAGAGGCGCAGGUCAAAACACAAGCGCCAUGCAUCAUCCAGUGAUGACCACUCAGACUUCAGUGAUGAAUCUGACUACAGUCCUAGUGAGAAGAGGAAAUAUCGGGAAUAUAGCCCCCAGUAUCCACCCCCAUCUCAUGGAGGCUAUGGUCCUGCACCUCCUUCAGGACAUGGAGGACCAAUGCCGAAAAAAGGCAGCUACAUGAAAAUGGACAAACAGGGGUAUGGUGGCUAUGAUGAAUAUGAUGAUGAAACCUAUGAGGGUGAGGAGGAAGAGGACAUAGUUGAUGAUGACUAUGAUGACUUUGCCAAGGAGCUUAACCAGUACCGCAAGGCCAAAGAAGGAGGUGGACCAGGCAACCAACGUGGCAGAGGUCUUAAAGGCCGGAUGAAAAACCAGAGAGGCCGAGGUAGAGGAGGGAUGAGGGGCCGUGGGGGAAGAGGCGGAAUGAGAGGAAGAGGACGAGGUAAAAUGGGUGGCGAGAAUGAUGAUGGGGAUGGCAUGUAUGGAGAUGAGAUGGAGUAUGGAGAGGAUGACUAUGACAUGGUCGAAGAAGAUUAUGAUGAUUACUCAAAAGAAUUGAACCAUUACCGCAAAUCCAAAGACAGAGGGCGUGGCUACCAAGGUUGCCGAGGUCGAGGACGGGGGAAAGGGGGCAGAGGCAUGAACCGCGGCCGGGGAAGGAAUCGAGGAAGGGGUCGUGGAGGAGACCAAGGCCAUGAUGAUGACAACAUUGGAGAGAUGGACAUGGGGGAUGGAUCUGGUGGCCUGAGGAAGCAUGAGCAGGAGAAGCAUGGGCAGGACAAGAAGGGCAAGGCCAUUUGCAAGUACUACAUUGAAGGUCGUUGUACCUGGGGAGAACAUUGCAAUUUCAGUCAUGACAUUGAACUGCCCAAGAAGAAAGAGCUCUGCAAGUUCUAUAUCACUGGAUUCUGCGCUCGGGCUGAAAAUUGUCCUUACAUGCACGGUGACUUCCCCUGCAAGCUGUUCCACACCACAGGCAACUGCGUAAAUGGAGAUGACUGCAUGUUCUCUCAUGAGCCUCUAUCAGAAGACACACAAGAACUGCUAGAUAAAAUGUUGGCUGAGGAUGCUGAAGCCGGUGCUGAAGAUGAGAAGGAAGUAGAGGAGCUGAAAAAACAAGGCAUCAAUCCCCUCCCCAAACCCCCACCUGGUGUGGGACUUCUACCAACACCCCCAAGGCCUGGCCCAACAGAUUCCUCAACUCCUCUGGAGUUUGGGGCACCAGGGCCACAGCAUUGCAGCAUACCUUCUAAUGGUUCCUCAUGUCCAGGCACUGCACCGGUAUCGGGGAUUGAAGGACCACCUCCCCCGUGCCCCGAAGGAGGAUCUUUCCAGGGUUCACCAACCCAUGGUCCAUCUCCACCAGCUGUUGGUCCACCACCUCCAUGUGGGGGUAACUCAGGAAAGAAGAUACCAUCCUUGUUUGAGAUUGUUGUAAAACCCACUGGACAACUAGCACAAAAAUUGGGCGUCAGAGGUCCAAAUCCUGGCACUGCUGCUACAGGUGCGGCAGGAACACAAGGCCCACCUACAUGUCCUCCAGGUGGACCUCCACCUCAUUUCCCUAGCGGACCCCCACCUGGUCAUUUGCCACCAAAUGGGCCUCAUGACCUGCCACCAAACAUAGGACCUCCCAACAUGAACCAAGGUCCCCCAGGAAUGAUGCAGAAUUUUGGCCCAGGAGAAGGGCCUCCAACCCAGGCAAUGAUGCCCCCUGGGGGUGGUUCUGCUCGCAAUUUUUAUGACAAUUUCUACCAGCAGCAGCAAAGCAUAGGAAAAGAAGGUGGAGAGGAUGAUGGUUACAUGCCUGGCUCUGGUGGAAACUUUAGUGAGCAGUGCUCAGGGAUUCAAAAUUCUGGCAAUAUGGAAGGCCCAUCCAAUGGAGGCUCAUCUAAUCAGACUGGAAUAAUGGUGCCAGACUUUUUGCCUCCAGCACAGCGUGUGCUAUUUAUGAGGAUUCAACAAAAGCAGCAGGAAGAAGAGGAGAGGGCCAGGAGGCUAGCUGAAGGAGGACCUGAGCGAGACAAUGAAGGAGAUUCAGCAAAUUGGUAUUCUAGUGAAGACGAAGACGGUGGUGGCAGCGUCACAUCAAUCUUGAAAACCUUACGGCAGCAAAGCCAAGCCCAAGGUCCCACAAAAACGGAAAGUGCCCCCAGUGACCCUCGAAUACAGAAGGCUCAGGCUGCUCCAGUGCCCAGCAGACCAGCUGACCCCAGGCUGGCCCGAGAUCCUCGCUUAUCACGUAAUGCAGACUCUUCCCAGGUUCCAGAAACUAAUCUCUCAUCACCUCCAUCCUCCUCUGCUCCCACCGACCCACGACUUGCACGUCAGGCUGCUGCACCCAAACCCGAGCCCGCUCUAGUGUAUAAACCACCACCCCUUACAUCUGCUGCUGCUGCUGAGGAAGAGGAGGGAGAGAGAAUGCUGAGGGACAAGCCUGUCCCUAUACCCUUGGAUCCCUUAAUGGGCAUGGCUCUGCGUGACCCUCGCUCACAGCUCCAGCAGUUCAGCCAUAUCAAGAAAGAUCUUGUGUUGAAUAAACCUUCUUUUGCUAAGGCUGUGCUUUGGAGUCCUGAAGACCUAAUUCCCAUUCCCAUCCCCAAGCAGGACUUUCUUCCACUCCCCCCAGGUAUCCCUCCCGUUUCAUCUAUAGACCGCGUCUCUCGUGCCCAGCAACAGCUCCAUACAGCUGUUACUACGCCUUUGCCUGCUCCACCUCCCUCUGCUGAACCACCCAGCCAAUCUUCGUCCUCUUCCUUACCAGACUUUGAGCUGCUUUCUCGUAUACUUAAGACUGUUAAUGCUUCUUCUUCUAGUCCCUCACAAACCUCUUCAUCUGCGGUUCCUCCUGCAUCCGUCCCGGUUGAAAAACCAGUAGACCCUCGCAUGGCACGCAAAGUCACAGACCCUCGGCUUCAACCCCAGAAAUCCGCUCUCAAGCAGCCCACAGAACCUGCAGCCUCACAAACAUCAUCUCCUGGACCUCCUGCUUCAUCCUCACCCACGCACACUAUUGCACCCUAUGACCCACGAUUGUUCUCAGUGGGUGGAGCAGGGCGAGGUGGUACAGGGGGUACUGCAGGUUCUGGCAGCAGUGUCCUCAGUAGCAUCAGUCUGUAUGACCCACGCACACAAAGUUCAGACAAACCAGAAAAUUCAGAGGUCACCACUACAACAACUGAGUCAAAAGCCAGUGAAAGCGUGGCUUCUACAGCAAAGCCAAAGUCCAAAGAGCCGUUGUUUGUCCGAAAAUCAGCCCUAGACCAACCCGAACCGGAGAAAAGCAGCAACGAGCAAACCACUGACCGCUACAACAGCUACAACCGACCUCGGCCUAAACCUUCACCCUCACCCAAUGCAGGAGUUGGAGGAGCUCCCACAACAGGAGGUUCCUCCCAGAAUCCUCAGGGCACUGCCGGAGCUACAGAACCACCAGCAGGAGUCCACAACCUUCCGGUUUCUUCUCUUUUUAGCAUGGUGAAGCAAGCCAGCAAGCCCAGUGGCACCAGCAGUCCGUUUGGUGGCAACAGCCCAGCACAGUCAGACACUGCUGAACAGGACAAUGCCUCCUUAAAGGACGUUUUCAAAGGCUUUGACCCUACUGCCUCACCAUUCUGUCAGUGAACUUAAACCCUGCAGCUCUGAUACUAAGCCAGCAUGGGGCACCUUGACACCAUGUCUCAGUAUUCACAGGAAUUUAUAUGGGCUGGGGUCUAUGGUUGAGUGAGAAUACAUCAAAGAUAUGUGGUGAGGGAGGAUUUAAACAAAAUCUAUAUAAAUAUUGUCUAUUUUAAAACCAAAAGGAAUAAAUAUAAAAAAAAAUUUCAUUUUAAAACCUUCUCAAAGUGUAAGAAAAAACUUUGGGUGUUUGAAGAGAUAGUUCCCUUAGCUAAUACUCACUCUGUGCUUAAGCUGAAGGACAACCCAUACGCCAUUGUGAAAUGCCUGUCCCUUCUGCCAGUCCCUUCUUUUCAGCAGUGUAGAUUUCCAGAUCUUGACUUUGAGUACAAGGUGUGGUACAUCAGUAGAUUCAAGCACUAUAUAAUAUUUCCUCUACUGCAAGACCAACGUGUGUGUGAGUGCACUGCCACACCCAUGCUUUAACAGCAUUCGGUUGCCUGUCAGUGCUUAAAAUUAUUUUAAAUCUCUUUUUUAGCUUCCUCCUUGUAUGCAUUCAGUCAAAAUUCGGGCUUUGCUUUGCUUUUCAUCUUUAGUUUUUUUUAUAUUUGUUUAUAGGCAUGUUCCUUUUGCUUGGGACUAUGAACCUCUCUUUGUGAAUAACAGAACUGUAUACUGAAACCAACAUCUGUUAAUAGUGUUUGUGAAAACUUUUAAUUUAUUUUUUUAUACUUAUGAGAAAUGUUUGUUUUUCAUGUGGCAGUAGAAUAUAAUCAUAUAAAUAUAUAUAUAUAUACACACACUGCAUACAGUACAUUUAUAUACAUAUAUAUAUAUAUAUAUAUAUAUUUUCCCACCUGUAUUGUAAAUGGACAUGUGAUGUGCAUCAUUUAACGGGCACAAACAAUUAAGUAAUGCUUCUGCCUUUCAGCAAAAAGAACUCUGUUCGUUCCGACUUACCUGGAAACACGUUUUUUUUUUUCUUUCUUAAGGACUGCUUUAAAGAAUCAACUGUGUUUUGUUUUUGGUUUGCCCGUGAAAAGGACUCUGUAUAUUGAUAAAUGUCCAUAUUUGAAAACAGGUAACAUUUUGUAAUCAUUCAGUGUAGGUAAGGUUGUAAAAUAUUUAAUAAAGGAAAUACAAGAUUCAAUGUGAUAAAGGCUCAGGAAUGGGAUAAAUGAGUUUAUAAUACAGUGCUGUUUAGUUCCUGAAUUUGAUGAGUCAGAUGUUAAAUUUGUCUCAACAGCAUGGCUCAAACAAUAGUACCGGCUACUUUUUACACGCAUUUCUUUGUUAGACACUUCAUGUAUUAUUCACAUAUAAAUAGUGUUAUUUCACAAAGAAAAACUUUUCCCCCCGCUGGAUGUUUUCUGGUUGUGUGUUUGGUACUAUAAAUUAAUGGAAGAAAAGAGAUGCAGGCAUGAGAACGAAUGCUUGUAGCUGCUAUAAGUGAUAAAGGGAACUACAAUGUCUCAAAUGUUCUGCAAAGUCAAAGGUUACUUUAAAAGGUGAGCGUUUGAGAUCCUGUUUAUUAAUAAAAGAAAACUGUUGGCAAA